UUCCGGUUAUACGCAUGGCGUCAAAAUGUCGUCGGCACCAAUAGCAGAAAGAAAUCAAGAUGCCACAGUGUAUGUGGGAAGUUUGGAUGAGAAGGUUACAGAAGCCAUCCUAUGGGAGCUGUUUCUACAAGCGGGUCCAGUUGUUAAUGUCCACAUGCCCAAGGACCGUGUGACACAAGCUCACCAAGGUUAUGGCUUCGUGGAGUUCCUAGGGGAGGAAGAUGCGGACUAUGCCAUUAAGAUCAUGAACAUGAUCAAAUUGUAUGGUAAACCCAUCCGAGUAAACAAGGCCUCAGCUCACCAGAAGAACCUCGAUGUUGGUGCUAAUAUAUUCAUCGGCAACCUUGACCCUGAGGUGGAUGAAAAACUGUUGUACGACACAUUCAGUGCAUUUGGUGUCAUCCUGCAGACGCCCAAGAUAAUGAGAGACCCGGACACUGGCAACUCAAAGGGCUACGCUUUCAUUAACUUUGCAAGUUUUGAGGCCUCCGAUGCAGCAAUAGAAGCUAUGAAUGGGCAGUACCUCUGCAACAGACCCAUCACAAUAUCAUAUGCAUUUAAGAAAGAAUCCAAAGGAGAACGCCAUGGGUCAGCAGCAGAACGACUGCUGGCGGCACAGAACCCCCUGUCACUGACAGAUCGACCCCAUCAGCUGUUUGCCGACGCCCCGCCACCACCCUCACAACCUCCUGCACCCUCCUCAGCUACAAACCCCCUCAUCCCCCCUCCCCCACCCCCUUCCAGCCUCACCCCCCAGCCCGGCGGCAUGGGUAUGCAAGUGUCGUCGUCAGCUCCACUCCCACCCCCUCCAGUUCCCCCACCCCAGCAGUCCAUGCACCCUCCCCCGGUGCCCCCUGGAGGGAUGCCCCCCUUCCCUCCACCCGGAAUGCCACCUCAUGGUCAGUCCAUGCCGCCGUUCCCCCCGCCGCCGAUGAACAUGAUGCCGCCAAUGGGAGGACAGAACCAAUAUCAGCAGAACAACCAGCAAGGUCCCCCUGCCCCGCCAGGCAUGCCCCCUCCACCCCCAGGAGGCAACCAGAACUAUGGUCCUCCCCCACCCCCUGGGAUGCGACCACCACCCCCAGGCUGGAGGGGACCUCCCCCGGGACCCAGAGGACCAGGAGGAUUUGGCCGACCACCACACCCAGGAAUGCGAGGACCACCGCCCCGAGGAAUGAGAGGACCUCCCCCACCCAGGGGCAUGAGGCCCCCACCCCCAGACUGGAGGGGUCCACCGCCACCACCACCCCCCAGGUUCUGAUUGUAAAGACGCCCAGCAGAAUGUGGGAACACUUUGUGUACAUAAGGACCCAUCAGCCGCCAAUACGUUGUGUUUCGGUGCCGUGUGUAUAUACAGGGAUCCGUGCCUCGAAGGAAGGGAUGGACUGUGGAUGGGAUCAACUUGG